AUGGUGUCCUUGGACGAGAUCGAGUCGAAGCUGCUCCAGAAGCCAUCCGGCGACGCGCCAGAGGAGCCUCUUGAGCGCACCCAGUCCGUCUACAAGCCCCUCGACACCUUCAAGCUCGAGAAGGGCCGCAGCUACCAGCAACAGUAUGCUGACACAUACUUUCUCCGCCUGACCAAGAUCAAGCCUGCUGUUGAGCAGGUUGCAGAGGCAGCAUGGGAAGGAACUGUUAUCGGCGGCGAGACUGCCAAAAAGGCUGAUCGCGUGCUGGAUGUCCGCCAGGGCGAGCUAUGCUGGGUCGCCGGCACGGUGUAUGUGGACAUGUCUCUCAAACCAAAUAUCCUGGAUGACGUGUCCAAGGACCGCUGGAUCUCCGCCCCGACGUCUGUCGCGAAGUACUUUGGGGAUGACGACCGGGAUGCCAUCAUGCUCGAAGAUGAUUCUGGUCGUAUCCGACUUACUGGAGAUCUCUUGAAGUCCGUCAUGCUUGUUACCGGAUGCAUAAUUGCUGUCGUGGGGACGGAGAAUGCAAAUGGCGAUUUUGAGGUCAUCGAUGUGAAGUUCGCGGACCUCCCUCCACAGCCGGACCGAUGGGCAUUAUCAGAACCGCCAAAGAACGGUGCCAAUGGCGCAGCCAAGGGGAAAAAGACUGUCAAGUCUGAGGAUGUCGAGAUGACAGAUGCCAUGUCAGCAGCCAGUGGCGGCAAAAUUGCCAUCGUUUCAGGUCUCAACUUUGCUGGCGACGACACAUCAUAUGCCCUGGAACUGAAUCUUCUUCUCGAGUAUCUACUGGGCGAGGCACUUGAACCCAGCACACAGGCCGAGCUGUCUCACAUAAGCCGCCUGAUUAUAGCCGGCAACUCCAUCGCCGCUGCGAAUCCUCGGUUUGGUGAAUCUGCUGGAGAGAAGAAGGCCGCGCAGAAGAAGUACGGCUACGACGCCAGCUCGUACAACCCGUUGCCCUCACAACUUCUGGACGAGUUCCUGGCCGAGCUGUUACCCAGCAUGCCCGUCACCCUCCUUCCGGGCGAGCACGACCCAGCCAACGCCAGCUUCCCUCAACAACCAAUACACACAGCCAUGUUCCCGCGAUCCAGAGCAUUUGCAGCUGCACCUAAUUCUAAAGAGAAGGGGUGGCUUGACCCGGUGACGAAUCCAUGGGAGGGGGAGGUAGAUGGCUGGAGAAUACUCGGCACGGGCGGGCAGAACGUGGACGACCUUUUCAAGUAUAUCGACAGUGACGAUAGAAUCGCAAUGAUGGAAGUCAUGUGCCGGUGGCGGUGCAGUGCGCCGACAGCGCCGGACACUCUGUGGAGCUAUCCAUUUCAAGAUGACGACCCAUUCGUUAUGAAUAAUUGUCCUCACGUCUACUUUGUGGGCUGUCAGCCCACAUUUGGCACGAGAGUGAUUACUGGCCCAGAAGGGCAGGCAGUCCGGCUCAUUGCGGUCCCAUCGUUCUCUGAAUCCAAGGAGAUCGUACUGGUUGACACUGAGACGCUGGAGGUCUCGCGCGUUAAGAUCUCAGCAUCGUAG